UACAACGCCGACGAUAUGGUGUACAUACGUUGUCACCACAAACAAAACAAAGCAUUGUCGCCAGUAUGGAAAGGUCCAUAUAAAAUCAUUAAAAUAAACGGCAAUCAUACAGUGACACUCUUGAUCAACCGUAGACAUGUACGUCAUCACUAUGACGAAAUAAAACCUGCCAACCUGUGAAUCACUGUAUGUAAUAGUAUCCUUCUCCGUCUCAUUUCAGACACGUCACAAUGCUGUGCUCGUGCCGUCAGUUUGUCUCACCGAUAAUAAGCAGUCCCGGAUUAUUCUUUGAUAAGUUAUUAGAUGUAAAGUAUACUAACGACGAAUGGAACGUUGUAACAUAUAUGGAUAUAGCUCGCGUCCAGCCUCAUUUAAGUCAUGUAGAACAGUUAUUCGAAAAAAUAAACACAUUUUGUAAAAACUUCGCCUCUUCAAAAGUUCAAACGGACUGUUCGAAUUCUCUUUCAUCACUACAAAGUCUACACGUUAAUAAUGUUAAAAAGUUUUCUUCUAUAUCAUACCUUAUUUAUGGACAUCAGCCUCGCGUUAAGAGAGGUCUGAUAGAUGCAGGUGGAUCAUUACUCAAAUCCUUGUUCGGAACAUUAGAUUCGAAUGACGCUAUUAAAUUCUCAGAAGCUAUCGAUGAUGUACAGUCAGACGAAAAACAGUUAGCUCAUUUAAUGAAAGAAAAUAUUCAUGUUAUAAAGUCUACAGUAUCUACCUUUAAUGACACAUUGUACAAAGUUACUGAAAACGAAAAUAGGUUAAAUAAAAAUUUUGAUAUUAUCAAUAAAAUGUUUGAACAAAUUACAAAUUCUAAUGAUAAGCUAGAAAUAAAAACCCACUUAAAUUCUAUGUUAAAUUGCCUUGACAGCAUAAUUAUUACAUUAUCGUUCGAUAUAGAAGAUAUUAAUAACGCAAUACUAUUUAGCAAAUUAAAUAUUCUGCAUCCGACUGUACUAAGUCCACAUCAAUUAUAUAAGGAGCUCGAACGCAACACAAAUAACUUGCCUAAGCAUUGCGAACUCCCUGUAUCCUUAUCACUACAAAAUAUACAUGAUAUCAUAGAUGCAUCUAAACUAGUUUGUUAUUAUCAUAACAGUAGAAUUAUUGUAGUUAUAAAAAUACCGCUCGUCCUUCCUCAACUUUAUAAUCUUUACCAUGUAAUACCGAUUCCAGUGCCGUAUGAUAUCUCAAAACCUGACACCUAUGCGCUAAUCGCGCCGACUGCUCGUUAUGUGACAAUAACAGCUGAUCAUUUGUUUUAUUCAUUUGUUGACGAUGUUUCCAAGUGCAAGCUAAUAAGUGAUAAAUACUAUGUGUGUGAUUUAAACAACGUGUUUUCUACUAUUGCGUGGCCAAUGUGCGAAAUAGUGUUGAUAACGGAAGUAGUGAGUAAAUUGCCAAACUCUUGUGAAGUGAAACUUUUAAAAGGUAACAUAGACACGUUUCAUAGAAUAAGUAACAAUCGAUGGAUCUAUGUCCAAUCGGAACCCGGGAAAUGUCACAUUUCCUGUGAUAAUGAUUCCAAUAAUUAUAAUGAAUUACUGUUUGGUAUAGGUAUAUUCAAGUUAGAAGAAAAUUGUAAAGCAUUUUUCAAAACUCUCCAGUUUACGUAUAAGAAUAGCAUAAGGUUAAAUGUAAGCGCUACUACUGAAAUUUCAAAUUUCAACCUCAUCGAAGAUGACUGUUGCGAAAAGAAUAAACUAAAUAAAACUUUAUCGAAAUUGCCUUUCGUAAAAUUAAAUAAUGUUCAUAAUUUAGAUUCACUUUUGCAUGCUAGUGUCCAUCUAGACAGUUUCGAAAAGGAAUUAGACAAGUUAGAAAAUCCUACACAUUUUCAAAAAUAUAGUGUUCAAUACAUGUCUGUAAGUUAUGUUGUUUCAGUUAUAUUUCUAUUGUAUCUGUUAUAUAAGAGUAGAAAAUUUAUGUGUAAACGAGAUUCGUCACGUUACUGUGUUCAAAUAUUUAAUAACUGUAGCAAUAAACAGUCUGGUUCUAAACAACCUAUACAAGUUGUAAGCACUAUUGAUAAAGCAAAUAAAAUCACCGACUCUUCAGAUACCGAAGAACUAGAGAUCCAGAAUCCAACUCCAGUAAAAAGAAAUAUUAUCUUUAAAAAGUCAUCCCAAUAUCAGAAUUAA